AUGAUUCGUGUUUUAAGAAAUCCAUUAUUGUCACAUGGCCAUUUAGUUAAAUCUUCAAUAUUACUAAGUGCUUCAUAUCAAUUUAAUUCAUUAAAUCAUUUCUCCACAAAUUCUUCAAAAUUUCAACAACAACAAAGAACUAAAAAUGCAUCAAGUGAACCCAAUUUAGAAACUGAUUUAGAUAGAUUAAAACAAGAUGAUCCAACAAUUCCAAAAGUCCCAGUUCAAAAUAAUCUUGAAACUAUUCCAAAACCUCCAUUAAUGGAAAGAAUUAAACAUGAAAUUAAACAUUAUUGGGAUGGUACAAAAUUAUUAGGUUAUGAAGUUAAAAUCUCAACUAAAUUAUUAUUCAAGAUGAUUAGAGGUUAUGAAUUAACAAGAAGAGAACAAACUCAAUUAUCAAGAACCACGACUGAUAUUUUUAGAUUAGUUCCAUUUUCUGCAUUUAUUUUAAUUCCAUUUGCUGAAUUAUUAUUACCAAUUGCUUUAAAAAUUUUCCCAAAUUUAUUACCUUCAACUUAUGAAUCAAAAGCUGAAAAAAAUAAAAAAAAUGAAAAAUUAUUGAAAACAAGAACUCAAACUUCAAGUUUCCUUAGACAAACAUUUGAAGAAAGUGGUAUGAGAUUACCAAAAGCUGUUACAAAGGAGGAAAGAUUAGAAUUUAUUCAAUUUUUUAGAAUUUUAAAUACAUUAGGUGAAAAUCCUACAAAGGAACAAGUUGUUAAAAUUGCAAGAUUAUUUAAAAAUGAUGCAGUAUUAGAUAAUUUAUCAAGACCUCAAUUAGUUGCAAUGGCAAAAUAUAUGAAUUUAACUUCAUUUGGUUCAGAUCAAAUAUUACGUUAUCAAAUUAGAUAUAGAUUAUUACAAAUUAUUAAAGAUGAUCGAGCUAUUGAUUAUGAAGGUGUUGAAUCUUUAUCCAAGAGAGAAUUAACAAGUGCAUGUGUUUCAAGAGGUAUUAAGACCCAAGGAGUUUCACCAGCAAGAUUAAAAGAUGAUUUAAAAAUUUGGUUAGAUCUUAGAUUAAGACAAAAAAUUCCAUCAACUUUAUUAAUUUUAUCAAGUGUUUAUACAUACGGUGAAGCUUCAAAUAAUUUAGAUAGUUAUUAUGAUGCAUUAGUUCAAGUUUUACGUUCAAUUCCUGAUCAAGUUUAUAAUGUUACAAAAUCAGAAGUUGAUGAUGAUGCUAAAUUAAAAUUAGAUAUUAUUAAAGAACAAGAAGAAUUAAUUAAAGAAGAACAAGAACAAGAUGAUGAAUCUAAAACUCAUGUUAAAGAUGAUAUUAAAUUAGAAGAUUAUGAAAAAGAUGAAGAUCAACAAAGUUCAAAUGAAAAUAUAAAACAAAAUGAAAAUUCAAAUGAAAAAAUUGAAUCAAAAGAUAAAUAG